CCGCCGUGGCAUCUCCACUUUGCAACUUCUCUGUCUUGAUAUAUCCACAUUUAUUCUGAUCUAGAAGCUUAGCAAAUAAGACGACAUGAGGUGCGCAAUCGGUGCCGUCUUCGGCUCUGCAUUGAUCUGUGCUGCCUUAGAAACAUCAUCGCAGCAUCCACUCAGUCAUGACGAUGGGUACACUUCCGAUAAUGCGCUGCCGUUCUCGACAGCAGACCUCGAGGAGUACAUCGAGGGCACGAUGAAGAAGUGGCACGCGCCUGGCAUGGCAGUCGCUGUUAUCAACGGCAAUGCGACUUGGGCCAAAGGCUUCGGCUAUGCCUCCCUCCCGUCGACUCCAGUGACACCGCAUACACUGUUUUGGACAGGCAGCACCACCAAGUCCUUUACAGCAGCUGCCCUCUCGCUGCUAGUUGACAACGCGUCGGACUACCAGUCGAUCAGCUGGAAGACGCCUGUGUCGCAACUACUGCGAGAGGACUUCGUGCUCUCAGAUGACUGGGCCACGGCGCAUAUCACCCUUGAAGACGCACUAAGCCAUCGCACAGGAUACGCAGCGCAUGACUUCUCCGUCGGCUCCACCGGCGACGGCGGCACGCGCAGUAUGAUCCGCAGCCUGCGCCAUCUUCCCAUAUCAAAGGAACCUCGGACCACAUUCCAGUAUACCAACAUAAUGUGGGGAACAGCGGGCUACCUUGUCUCGACGCUGUCGGGCUGCCGUCUGGGCGCUUUCUUUAGGCAGUACCUUUGGGGCCCCAUGGGAAUGAACGAGACGUUCCUUGGGAACUGGGACCCGAGUUUCAACUCGAGUGGCUUGAGGCUGGCUGAUGGGUACUGGUGGAUUAACAGUUCCCAGAAGUACCUCAAGCAGCCUGAAGGGACUACCAGCUAUUCAGUUCGAGCAGAUGAGGGCGGUGGGGCCGUGGUAUCAAACGUCAUGGACUACACAAAGUACCUUCGUGUGAUGAUGAACGAUGACGGGCCGCUUUCCAAAGCAGGCCAUCGGGAACUGAAGAGUCCGAGGUCGUUCCAUCAUAUGCAUCAGGACCUGUUUGUGGGACCAGUCACAUACGGGUUGGGCUGGAUGUCCGGUGUGUUCGAAGGACAUGAGGUCUUCUUUCACACCGGCACUGUUACCCCGUUUGUGACCUUCAUGAUGAUGGUACCGUCCAAAAGCUUUGGGAUAGUCGUUAUGGGUAAUGGGUACUCACACGCAAGAGAGCUGGUUACAUAUCGCAUACUCUACGACCUUUUUGGCGUCGAGGAGAGUCGAAGACAGGACUUUGAGUCUAAAUUCGAAGAAGCGGACGCACUCGAAGCACACAACAUCGCCACCUGCUCGGACCGCAUCUACCCUGACAUACCUAAGCCCCCCAUACCGGCAUCAGUUCCGCUAGCGAACCACACCGGCCAUUUUCGCCAUGUGGCUUACGGCGAUAUCUUUGUCAGCCUAGUUUGCAACGAUGAUGCCGCAGUGCCUUCGAGUCUGGCGCCUGACCAAGGCUCAGAGUCUGGACACUGCAAACUCCGGUUAUCCAGAAGUCCACAGGCCCAAGUGAAGCUGACCGGCAACCUGGAGCACCAGACGAGUGACUUUUGGCUUUUAUAUGCGGUCUUCGAAGAAGUACCUGAUCUGAUAUUCUUCUGUCUCCGAGCCCAAUUCCAUGUGGACUCACGCGGUGUUGUGUCGCAUAUAGCAGUCGAUGUCCGCUUGGAGGGAGAGGAUGGGCCACUGGUGGAGUUUGAGAGAUUCCAGUGAGGACCCAGGGGCAAAGCGCGACUAUCUUAUGAUGAAUAUCGACAAAUCUGGCUGCUGCAUUAGGACAGAGUUCAAAUGUUGCUCCCAAGGACCCGAAGAUUGACUCUGGUUCUUUAU